AUGCCUGGCAAAAUUGACGCCUAUGUUGACUGCGUAUCGCCAUACUCGUACUAUGCGACGCUGUAUCUACGCAAAAACCGCAAAGCUCUAGAGUCGCAUGGGGUCGAGGUCGAAUUCCAUCCGGUCUUCUUAGGGGGAAUUAAUGUUGGCUCAGGAAAUAAGCCCCCUUGGACACUCCCCGCCAAAGCAGCGUACUCCAAAUUCGACUCGGAGCGCGCAUGUAAAUACUUUGGAGUUCCGCAAAUCCAAACACCAGACUUCUUCCCAAUUCUCUCAAUCACGCCCCAACGAUGUAUGGUCUACAUCAAAGCCCACUUCCCACGUGAGCAAUACGAAACAACCUUCCUUUUACUGUGGGAGUGGAUGUACUACAAAGGCAUUGAUAUUAGCAAGCCGGAGAAAUUGGCUGAGCUAUUCCAGAGCAACGGGUACUCUGACUCAGAAGUCAAGGAGAUCCUGGCUGCGGCAUCAAAGCCUGAGUUCAAGCAAGCUUUGACGGCUAAUACCCAGACCGCCCUUGAUAAAGGGGCCUAUGGUGCGCCUUGGUUUUGGGUGCGGAAUGCUGAGGGCAAGGAAGAGCCGUUUUUCGGUAGUGAUCGGUUUGCGUUUAUGUGGAUGUAUCUUGGAUUGCCGUUUCAGGAUGUUGCGAUUGUCGAGAAGGGGAAUUCGAAGCUUUAG